AUGGCUCUGCUGCUCCUAGGUGUCUGGGGAAUCCUGCUGCUUCUGGGGCUGUGGGGGCUGCUCCGAGGCUAUGCCCAGGUCCCCUCCCCGGCCCUUCGGUGGCCCCCUGGGCCUCGCCCUCUGCCGUUUCUGGGGAACCUGCAUUUGCUGGGUGUGACCCAACAGGACCGGGCACUGAUGGAGCUCUCAGAACGCUAUGGGCCGGUGUUCACAAUCCACCUGGGAUCUCAGAAGACGGUGGUGCUGUCAGGCUACGAGGUGGUGAGGGAGGCCCUGGUUGGGACCGGGCAUGAGCUGGCCGACCGGCCCCCGAUCCCCAUCUUCCAGCUCAUCCAGCGAGGUGGGGGCAUCUUCUUUUCCUCUGGAGCUCACUGGAGGGCAGUUCGACAAUUCACAGUGCGCACACUGCACAGCCUGGGUGUGGGACAGCCACCCAUGGUGGCCAAGGUGCUGCAGGAGCUGGCCUGUCUUAAGAGGCAGCUGGACAGCUAUGGAGGCCAGCCCUUCCCCCUGGCCCUGCUGGGCUGGGCACCCUCCAACAUCACCUUCACGCUCCUCUUCGGCCAGCGCUUUGACUACCAGGACCCUGUGUUUGUGUCCCUGCUGGGUCUCAUUGACCAGGUUAUGGUCCUGUUGGGGUCACCUGGCAUACAGCUGUUCAACACCUUCCCGCGGCUGGGGGCUCUGCUGCGGUUGCACAGGCCCGUCUUGAGCAAGAUAGAGGAAGUGCGCACCAUCCUGAGAACCCUCCUGGAGGCACAGAGACCACCCUCGCCAAGUGGCGGCCCUACGCGGAGUUACAUGGAAGCUCUGCUUCAGCGGGGCCAGGAGGAUGACCCCGAAGACAUGUUUGGUGAGGCCAAUGUCUUGGCCUGCACAUUGGACAUGGUCAUGGCUGGAACAGAGACCACAGCAGCCACGCUGCAGUGGGCAAUCUUCCUGAUGGUUAAGCACCCACACGUGCAGGGCCGCGUGCAGGAGGAGCUGGACCGAGUACUGGGCCCUGGGCAGCUACCCCGGCCAGAGGACCAGCGAGCACUGCCCUACACCAGUGCAGUGCUGCAUGAGACCCAGCGGUACAUCACACUCUUGCCUCAUGUGGCCCGCUGCACAGCUGCUGACAUCCAGUUGGGUGGCUACCUGCUUCCUAAGGGCACCCCUGUGAUCCCUCUGCUGACCUCGGUACUCCUGGACAAGACUCAAUGGGAGACCCCAAGCCAGUUCAACCCACACCACUUCCUGGAUGCCAACGGGCAUUUUGUGAAGCGGGGUGCCUUCCUGCCUUUCUCCACAGGUCGCCGGGUCUGCGUUGGAAAGAGCUUGGCCACGACAGAGCUCUUCCUGCUAUUUGCGGGCCUCCUCCAGCGGUACCAUCUGCUGCCCCCACCCGGCCUCAGCCCCGCAGACCUGGAUCUGCGGCCUGCCCCAGCCUUCACCAUGAGGCCACCUGCCCAGACCUUGCGUGUGGUGCCUAGAUCCUAGGGUGCUUACACACUGGAAAACUACCAGAGCCUAGCCUACGUCUCCCUCAGGGUGCUUUGCAGGCGGUGGUGCUGCUGGAGCAGCCUUAACAAUGCAUGAUGGGUAGACAGUACCUACUCUGUCCCUCUGUACCACCGGCUGGGUCCAAUGUACUGUGUACAAUGGGGCCAGGCUGCUCACCUCUGACCAUUGGAGGUUGGAAGCUGACCUUCCAUCUGGGCACCAUGGGGGGGCUCAGGUAUGCCCCCUGCCCAGCCCAGCAGUCCUAUGUUGGCCUGAUACGGUGUUUCCAGGAGCCCUAACUCACCUUCCAGGUUCUUACACCCAAACACUACAGACUGUUCUCCACUCUGGCCCCCAAGGCAGCCAAAUCCCCAGAGCACAGACUAGAUCCCAGUUCUUUCCUUGCUCUCCUUCCCCACCAGGCCCUACCAUUGGCUAUACACAGGCCCUGCACCAGGCCAUGGGGGUCCCCAUACCCAGAUGCAUGGUCUAUAGCCCUUCCCCAGCCCCCAGUGUACCCUCAUCUCUCUCUCUACCUAGGGUGAAUGAAUCUGUCAGCCCCACUUUGGGGUGCUCCACCUUUGCCUGGAACCAAGGGGGAUCUCAGGGGAAUACCUCAGCUUGACUGCAGGUGACAUUUCUGUCCCCUUCUUCUGCCUCUUCUUCUGUGAAGAAUGGCACUCCAUGGUCACCCGGGGCAAGAAUGCUCAGUGGAAAAGAGCCUUUCUCAGCUGAUUUCUGGGGAACCUCUCCCCCAAGGUCCUAAAGCCAGUUCUCACUGACAGUGAGGGACCGAUCAUUUCCCUUUUCAAAUGGGCUACCAGGAGACCCAGGGCUAUGGUUCCUGGUCCAUCCUCCUACUCUCUGUGCUGUUUAUCCUUUGUUUCUCUGUGUUCACUCAAGGCUUUGGAAUGCUCAGGCUAACCCUGCUGCGCAUGUCUGUUACGACAACAUGCCAACUCUAGCAGAGUCUCCUUCAGCAGCAUCCCUGUAGCCCCUGACACGGCCGCCGACAGCACAAGGCUGCCUCAAGCGGGGAAAGGCAGGGCUAGCAAGAGCCAAGACCCAGAUGGUGUGAUGCUUGAGUCCCUUCUGGCACCAAGAGUCUGGUGGUUGGUGGUAAAGGGACAUGAAUGAAUCCCCUUGGGCUCUGAUGUCCACUGCUUUGAUUAUAGCCCCCAGGCAGUGCUUUAAAGUAAUUAAGCCUGAAGUGACAGAAAUGCCUGAAGAUCACAGGACAGGCUGGGGACAUUGCUUUGUAUGUGAGGUUGUGAGGUUGGGUCUGGCCACAAAUAGCCAGAUUGCUUGGGACCCAUGACCCAUGAAGAGGUCCACAUUUUGGCUAGCUGUCUCACUCCCCACGUGAAUGUAGUAUUCUGCCACUGUGCCCAAGUGCUAGGGAUCUGAGACAAGCCUAUCACUUUUCUUUUUUCCAGACAGGGUUUUCCAUGUAGCCCUUGCUGUCCUUGAACUCACUAUGUGGACUAGGCUGACCUCAGACUCACAGAUGUCUGCCUGCCUCUGCCUCCGGAAUGCUGGAAUUAAAGGUGUUUUUCACCACUGCCCAGCUCCAUCUUAACAUUUUCACAAGACCCAGGGACGGUUCAGCUCUGCUCCACUCAAGUGAGCUGGCAUGGUUUGCAGCCUGGGGGCUGUGCAUCCUCUCUUCUGCCAUGUGGCAAUUUGUUCCAGGCGGGAGGGCAGUGAGUCAAUGUGCUCAAAGCUCGUGGAUGUAGGAACUGCCCUCUAGUGGCAGAUGGACCUGAAGGGACUUCUCAGGAAGGAACUGUGGCUGCUCUCACAGGCUCAGGAUGUUGUGAACACUGGACCUCUGGGCAGCUGAGGGCAGUCUGGCUUCAACCCAGCUGGCUCUGGCUGGCCAUCUCCUCACUGUGACGCAUGUCCUGUGCACUUGGAACUGGGAGUGGGUGGUGGAACUCUGUUCUCUUGGGCCUGGGAUCAGAGCAGUUGUCAUCACCCAAAGGAGACCCUUGAGGGACUAGGCCUGUUAACUUCCCAUGUAGGGGAGGGAUACCAAGGUAGGAGGGUCACUUGACCCACCUGAGUUCCCAGCUACCCUUCCCUCCUGCCUCUUCAACCAUGGGCACAAAAUACUUGGCAAGUCAGACAUUUCUGCACAAUGAUAAAAAAUUAGAAGUAAAAUGUGUAGCAUGGUGGUGGUGGUGCACACCAUUAAUGCCAGCACUUGGGAGGCAGAGGCAGGCAAAACUCUUGAGUUCGAGACCAGCAUGGUCUACAGAGCGAGUUCCAGGACAGCCAGGGCUACACAGAGAAAUCUUGCCUAGAAAAACAAAACCUAAACAAAUAGAAAAAAACAUGUUAACAAAUCCUAGUUGUUUCCUGGUAUCACACAGCACAACUUCCUUGCAGCCUUGGUUCUGAACACACAUGCAUAACACACUGUGCAUGCCCCCCCAUGCUCUGAACACACUGUGCAUGCCCCCCCAUGCUCUGAACACACUGUGCAUUCCCCUGCCACAUAGUAUGCAACCUGAAACACCCUGGCUCAGAGCCAGAUAUUAUCCGUCUCAGUGCUUUAUUUAUUUUGGUUUUUUUGAGACAGGGUUUCUCUGUGGAGCCCUGGCUGUCCUGGAACUCACUCUGUAGACAAGGCUGGCCUCUGCCUCCUGAGAGCUGGGAUUAAAGAGUCUUAAGCCUUAAGAUAGUUUGCAGAAAAUAGGCUUUCAGUGUUUUCUGGCCCCCUCAGUUUCUCAGCAAUAAGGUCACAAAUCCAUGGACUGUGCUGCAUUAGAUGGUCAUGAAUAGGCAAAUCUGUUUCAAUCUUUAAUAAAUGGCAACAUUAUAUGUAUUUAGAAUAGUUUAAAAAUAAAUUUAUUAUGAUCUAGUAUA